AAAUGACUACUAGAUUCCCUCUCUCUUAUCUCUUGUUUUUAUUCAAAACUUUCUCUUCCCGUUAAAAAAACCAGAUAAGCCCAUAUAUAUAGCAAACUCGAAGAACAACACAUCAAAGCCAAUGGCAGUCGAAGCUCGUCGUAUAGAUAUUUUCUCUCCUCAGUUAAUCACCAACAGCACAAAUUUUAUCAAAACAAAUCAAGGGAUGGGAAAUCUAUACAAUACACAGAUGGAUUCUUGUGUUCAUCUGGUUGAUUCAAUGCAACCAUUAUAUCGAUCUUUCGUCUGUGAUCCAAAUAUCUCAGGCAAAACGUUUAUCAACAAAGCCGAUAGUGGUCUUACUUACAACAUGAAUGUCCCAGUUUCAGCUCCGAGAAAAAGGUCUAGAGAUUCGUUCCACAAUGGCUUCGAUUCAUAUUCGGUCCCUCAAAAGACCAACCUUUCUGAUGUCUUCUCCCAGAUCCAACAACAACAAGAAGAUAUUGACCGUUUUAUCUUUGAUCAUACGGAAAAAGUGAGGAUGGAACUUGAAGAGAGAAGAAAGAGGCAAUCAAGAAUUUUGAUUAACGCAAUCCAAGAAGGGGUGAUGAAGAAACUGAAGGAGAAAGAUGAAGAGAUACAAAGAAUCGGGAAACUAAACUGGGUUCUUCAAGAAAGGGUUAAAAGCCUGUACGUGGAGAAUCAGCUGUGGAGAGAUUUGGCACAAACGAACGAAGCGACGGCCAAUUCCCUACGCAGCAAUUUAGAACAAGUCCUGGCACACGUGCGAGGUGGCGCGUUGGAAGAUGACGCGGAGUCUAGCUGUGGCAGCAGCGACGACGAGUGGCGGAAGGUGGUGGCAGCGGCGGGGACCGUAAGUGCAGAAAGUGUGGGGAGAAGGAGUCAAGUGUAUUGUUGCUGCCAUGCAGACAUCUAUGUCUAUGUACGAUGUGCGGGUCCAGCAUGGAAGGCACUUGCCCUGUUUGUCUUUCUGUUGCCAAUGCCAGUGUUCAUGUUAACAUGUCGUGAUAAACUUUCUUUCCUCUUUCCUUUUUUACUUUCCUCAUAUUUAUUAGUGAAACAAAGGAAAAAUAAUUAAU